CUCACCAAACCUACACGAUAACGAUCCGAUGCCGAUACGAUGCUGAAAAAUAUCAUCUGCUUAUCGUAUCCAAAUCGAUCUCAUGUUUUAUAUACACAAUUCUCACACCAAAGAUACAUUCGGCCGAUACGUCGUACGAUUUUCGGCUGCCGACUCGACAUGUCAGACGUCCAGACGAUUUCAGUUACUGUUUGGGCAGUCUGCAGUUAUGGCGCAUCAAAAGGCUGAAUGUGAAUUUAACCUCAAACUUGUAGAAGCAGUCGAAAAUUUUCCUUGCUUAUAUAAUUAUAAGCUGGCAGAAUAUGCUAGAAAAGAUAUCACUGAAAAAGCAUGGACAGAAGUGGCAAAAGAAGUAAACGACACAGUGAGCAAAUGCAAGCAGAAAUGGCAGAAUGUAAGAACAGCUUUUGUGAGGAACUUGAAGUCACCUCCAAGUGGAUCAGGUGCAAAAUCCAAAAAACCGUAUUAUUUAGCAGAACAUAUGCAAUUUGUGUUGCCAUUUGUGAAACCCAACACACCUGACAGUGACACACAGGGCAAUAUACCAUCAACUUCUGAACAACAUAGUGAAGAUGAAAGCGAAAGUAUCGAUGAAAGCACUGCAAUUGCAGAUAAUACUGAUGAAGCUGAUGCCACGCAAGCUUCACAGGGUAUUGGAAAUGAUGGAACACAAACGAUUAACAGAAAAAAGUCCGCUAACACGGUAACAAACAAAAGAAAACCUGAAUUGUCCGAUGCUGAUAGAGCGUUUGUAGAAUUCUGCGAUAUUCGCAAAAAGAAAACUACCGAUGCUGAUCCAAAUCAGAUGUUUCUAUUGAGCUUGCUUCCGGAGGUGAAUGCAAUGAAUCCUCUACAGAUGAGACGAUUCAAACGAGAGGUUUUGAAUUUAAUUGACAAUAUUUUAGAUGGAAAACCAGCAUUCAGUAACCAAUAUUUUUUGAACAAUACCACACCUUCAUCCGCAUCACCAUAUAUUAGCGGCAACCAAAAUUCCUUCCCAACAAGAAACGCAUCCAAUACUCCUUCACCUGCGCCAUCUUCUUAUUAUAGUGAACAUUCGUGGCCAUCAAGAACCAGUACUCCUGCAACCGCAACGUCAUCACCGAGGUCAUCACUUUAUGAUAGCAACAAUAUGGAACCAUCUCUGAUUACCACAAAUUUUCGACAAUUGCCACAAACUGAUCCCCACAAUGGAUGGAAACCAAGCAGCAGCAACACUGAUUAUGAUUUAACUUAUUUGCAUUAACCAUUGUAAAAAAACCUAUAUAAUAAACACGUUAUACACUUACCUAAGCGUUAUUAAAAGUCUUUCUUCAACGCUCACACAUUGUCGGUAGUUCGUAUCUUUUUUUUGAAUAUAUGGUCGCAGUUUUUCAACCAGUUCAAGAAAAAGUUCUUUAGACAUCCGAUAAAAUGAUCUAAACUUUACGGGAUCCUGCGCAAGUUCUUUGGCAGCAAUAAACAUCCUUCGUUUUUUAUUAUUAGCGAUAUAUGGAUGUAUCCACCAUCUUCUUGUCUUAUUAGAUUUUCGUUGCUUUUUUCGAUUUCGCAAAUACCAAUACAUAGCAACGACAUCAUCCUCGUCACUUGACAUUGCCGACUGUACUGAUCAAAAAAUGUAGGAAACAAGUAGGCCCAAUGGAAGAAGAGCAGAUCGCGAGCUUGUUGGCUGGUAUAUCGUGCCGGCAUCGGAUCGUUA